GAGAUCGUUUGUUUUUGACGCAGCAGCGCAAUCAAAGUGCGCAGGCAGUGCAACGAUUAUCACGUUCGCAGGCCACUGGAAAGUGAUGUAAAUAACACGUUAAAGCCUUAACAUUGUAAACAAAGACUUUGCAGUACUUACUGAACCAAUAUUUACCUAGAAAUCGUGUCGUGACUGCUUACAAAUCUAAUCCCAGUGAAACUACGACACUAGUGAUAUUGACUUGAAUAAAAUGAAUCCGUGAUAUCCAGCGAAACAAAGACAAUUGCAUAAAGACAUUCAUUUUAACAAGUUUAAUAUACGAGUGUUUUUUGUAUUGGAUGAACUUGAAGAGGGUGGCGGGUGUGUGGGACCCUGAGUCGCGGCGGGGGGCGGCGGCCGGCAGGUGACCGGCGGAGUCCGCGGCUCAUGUGGGCGGCUAGCGCGUGCUGCUCGCGCCAGGCAGGCGACGGGGCCAGCGCGACGCGCGCGCCCGUCAAGACCUUCCAGGCGUACCUGCCGCCGGCGCACCGCACUUACAGCUGCAUACACUGCCGCGCGCAUCUCGCCAGCCAUGACGAGCUCAUAUCCAAGUCGUUCCAAGGCAGCCAGGGGCGUGCAUAUCUCUUCAAUUCUGUGGUAAACGUUGGGUGCGGGCCGGCAGAGGAGCGUGUGUUGCUGACGGGGCUUCACGCAGUUGCUGAUAUUUACUGCGAGUGCUGCAAAACCAUGCUCGGCUGGAAAUAUGAACACGCAUUCGAAUCGAGUCAAAAAUAUAAAGAGGGCAAGUUCAUAAUAGAACUGGCUCAUAUGGUGAAAGAGAACGGGUGGGACUAGGCGCUGGGACUAAAGUGCUGUGACCCCCGUCAAUGACUGUUCGUGACCAUGCGUCGGCGCCUCGAGCCCUCGUGAUAAAAUGGCCGGCGAGUCACCUCGCCUCUCUCGCAACUCCGCCGCCAUCGAUACAAAUUAUUUUUGUCAUAAUCAAUUAUUCAUGGAAAAUCGAUGAUGGCGGAUUGUCGAGCGAUUUACCUAAGUACUGUCAAUUGUUCAAGCGUUGAACGCACUGUUUAGCAUCUACUAUCAGUGUUUAGAGAACAGGAUCGAAAACAAAUUGUCAAGCGAUCACGUAAGUUGUUUCCAUCCCUUUGGAAAUUCUAAAGUCAAUUGUAUGAGAAUAUUGGCCAAGUGCGGUAAUCCUGCUUGACAGUUGACAGUAUGUCGGGCGUUAUAUUAGCGGCUUAAGCUUGAGCACCGCCAUUUGACGUUAUACAUAAGUUAUCGAUCUCAACCGCCCAGCUUCGGGCAGUGGGCAUAGAAUUUAUACUAAUUUUUAGUUAUAGAAACGUUUAUUUUUUGCGCAAGCGAAUAUCUUAAGUUGUAUUAGUUUACACGUCAUUAUAUAUCGGAAAGAACACUAAUACUUCUUGUCCCCUUUAACCUGUGAUAAGUACGUUAGAAUAGAAUUUUUGAAUUUCUUGAACGAUCAUUUCAAGAGUUGCUCAGAGAAAUUUCAUAUGUAUGUUCCUAAUUUCAGCUGUACAAUUUGCUUUACUUUUUUACUAGUCGAAGCGGAAAGUAGUUUUCGAUGUAUUUGCGCCCGUGUUUGGUGAUUUUGGUUAGUUUCGUUCAUUUUCUUUCGCUUUCCGUUUGGAAUUGGAAUUUACAAUGUUACGCUUUAAAGUCGGGAAGACGAUUGGGUCGAACAUUUUUAUAUACGAAGGGAGCAGUUAGUAGUUUUAUUAUUCAUUUAUUGUUUCCAUUUAAAUGUAUAUUAGACACAAUUAACCCCAAAUAUUUUUAUUUUUUCUUAAUUUUAUCCUAAUCUGCAUGGUACUUCAUUAAGGCGAUAAUGAUGUUAUCUGUGUAAGAUUCAGAGCUUCUACAAUCAUAAUGUCGGAUGACAUAGUCUGUCAAAACAUAAUUCGAAAUAUGAACCGGGAUAUUACUUGCAUUUGGCGGUCGAUAAUCAAUUGGAGGGAAUCUUUAUACGCAGUUAGAGCAGUGGAAAGUGGAAACAAUGUAUAGUGCGGUUUCAACAAU